AUCUAGACCGCAUAUUGCACCGCAGAGGCGCAAACGCUCUCCCUCUCUCCACAGAAACUAACACCCCGCCGGUUGACCAAAUAGUUUCGGUUGCAGAGAGACCGAACCGCAAAAAUGUCAACAACCAGCUCAGCAUCCUCCCUCUCCGCCUCCGUCCAAUCCCUCAAAUCCUCCCUCCAACUCCUCGAUUCCUCCAUCUCGAUCCUCGACCAAGGGAUUAGUGAUUUCCCCCGCCUCUCGACCGUGCUAAGUUCUACUCGUCACUUCGAACUCACCCCCUCCCCUUCCCUCGCCCUCGCCCAACACAGCCUAGCCACCGAGCUCGCCCCGGCAAUAACAACCCUCCUCACACGAGCAGAAACGCAUCUCGACCGUCUUGAGCGACGGGAGCAAGCAUUGCGGGCUAAAGCUGAACUACAAGCAGGGCGCCUAGGCCAACGCGGAACCGGGACAUCUGGGGCCGGCGCUAGCGGGAGGACGACACCAGGAGGAAGGGCGGGGACUGGGGCAGGAGCAGGAGGAGGAGAAGGGGGGAAGGAAGCGAAACUACGGAUGUUGAAGCAGAAGAAGGAACGCCUUGGGUAUGCGGUGGAGAGGUUGCAGUUGCAGAGUCAGCAGAGGCAGAGGCAGUUGAGGAUGAGUGUUAGUUAUGCGGGGCAGGAUUUUAAGUGA